GGCAAUCAAUCGGCUAGGUCAAAACCAACCCUCUCCUUACUUAAAUGGCAUAAAAACCCUAAGGUUCUUCCAACGCCGUCUCGUAAUAAUUCCGUCAACACUAUAAAACUCAGCUUUUUUUUGCUGCUAUCUCUUUCAUCUUGUCGUUGUUAAGGCUUUGUAAUGAUUCCAGAGCUGGGAAGAAGGACGAUGCUUAGGGGUAGUAACGAAGAUCCAUCUUUUGGGGAUGAGUACGAGAAGGAGAUUGGUGUGUUGCUAGGCGAGCAGCAGCGGCGGCAAGAGGAAGCUGAUGAGCUCGAGAGAGAGUUCAACUUGUACAGAAGCGGCUCAGCGCCGCCGACUGUAGACGGCUCCUUCAGUGCUGCGGGAGGGCUUUUCAGCGGCGGCGGUGGAGGAGGAGGUGGGGCUCCGCUUAUGGAGUUUGGUGGAGGAGGGAAUAAGGGAAGUGGGUUUGGUGGGGACGAUGAUGAGAUUAGGAAGGAUCCGGGCUACUUGUCUUAUUACUAUGCUCACAUGAAGCUGAAUCCGAGGUUGCCUCCUCCUUUGAUGUCUAGGGAGGAUCUGAGGGUUGCUCAGAGGGUUAAAGGGAGUAGAGAUGUGUUGGGUGGUAUUGGGGAUAGGAGGAAGGGUGAUGAUAGUGGUAGUAGAUCUUUGUUCUCUAUGCCCCCUGGUUUUGAGCAGAUGAAGCAGCAGCAGCAGCAAGAGUUUGAGCAAGAGAAAGCUUCUUCCUCUGAGUGGGAUGCUAAUGGUCUUAUUGGUUUGGAUCUUGGAGGCAAGCAGAAGAGUUUUGCUGAUAUCUUUCAGGCUGACCAUCCUGUUCCACAGCAUCCCUCACGUCCUGCAAGCCGUAACGCCUUUGAUGAAAAGGUCAGUCCUACAAACAACCAGUCUCCAUCUGCAUCACAAGGCAUUGGUGCACCAUCUCCUUUCAGCUAUGCAGCUGUCUUGGGCUCUUCGUUGUCUAGGAACGGUACUCCUGAUCCUCAGGCCAUUGGGAGAGUGCCUAGUCCCUGCCUUACUCCCAUUGGUAGUGGAAGAGUGAGCUCAAAUGACAAGAGGAACACAAGUAACCAAAGCCCUUUCAACGGUGUUACAUCUGGUCUCAGCGAGUCUUCCGAGCUCGCCGCCGCUUUAUCUGGCAUGAACUUGACAGGCAGUGGUCAGGCUGAGCAGGAUGUGGAAAAGGUCAGGAACUACAUGUUUGGUGGUGGUGGUGGUGGACUUAACGACGGUUUCCCAAACAAAUCUGCUCAAGCCCUUAAACCUGAUUCGUGGAGGAACUCACAGAUGAGAGGCUCGCCAGGAUCUGCUUAUAACGGUGGAGGUGGAGGACUACCUGGUCCCUACCAGCCUCAGCAUCAUCUUGAAAGCUCAAACUAUUAUCCCAACUCCUUGAACCCAGCUGUAGCUUCUAUGAUGGCGUCCCAACUUGGGGCUAACAACUUCUCUCCUAUGUAUGAAGAUGUUUCUGCUUUGGGAUACUCCGGAAUGGACUCCAGACUUCAUGGGAGAGGUUUGGGUCAAAACCUCCCUGAGUCACAUAACCUUGGAAGGCUGAAUAACCGAAUGAUGGCAGGAGGCGGUGGUGGUCUUCUUCAGUCACAUAUGACCGAUCCAAUGUAUCAUCAUCAGUACGCUGAUUCGCUGGAUCUUCUCAACGAUCAUCAGUAUGGUAACUCAUACAUGAACAUGCUGGAACUCCAGAGGGCGGCUUACCUCGGUGUUCAGAAGUCACAGUACGGUGGCGUGGGGGGCCCUUACAAAUCCGGGAGCCCCAACAGCCGUAGCAGCUAUUAUGGGAGUCCAACGUUUGGAUCUUCCAACAUGUCGUUCCCUGGAAGCCCGUUGGCUCAUCAUGCUAUGCAGAGCUCUCUUAUGGCUCCUUGCAGCCCCAUGAGGCGAGGUGAAGUCAAUAUGCGGUAUCCAACCGCAGGAAGAAACUUCCCAGGAGGGGUGAUGGAUUCUUGGCACAUGGAGGGUGGUCUUGAUGGAGGCUUUGGCUCUUCACUGCUUGAAGAGUUCAAGAGUAACAAAACAAGAGGGUUUGAACUCUCUGAAAUUGCUACCCAUGUUGUUGAGUUCAGUGCGGAUCAAUAUGGAAGCCGGUUUAUUCAGCAGAAGCUUGAGACGGCAACAACUGAUGAGAAGAACAUGGUGUAUGAGGAGAUCAUGCCACAAGCUCUUGCACUGAUGACUGAUGUUUUCGGAAACUACGUAAUUCAAAAGUUCUUUGAGCAUGGACUCCCGGCACAGAGGAGAGAAUUGGCAGAGAAGCUCUUUGACAAUGUUCUGGCACUUAGCUUACAGAUGUAUGGUUGUCGUGUGAUCCAGAAGGCAAUAGAGGUGGUUGAUCUAGACCAAAAGAUCAAGAUGGUGAAAGAACUCGAUGGACAUGUGAUGAGAUGCGUACGUGAUCAGAACGGGAACCACGUGGUUCAGAAGUGCAUCGAGUGUGUGCCUGAAGAAAACAUCGGAUUCAUCAUUUCAACUUUCUUUGGUCAAGUUGUGACACUCUCCACUCACCCAUACGGCUGUCGCGUUAUUCAGAGGGUAUUGGAACACUGCCAUGAUCCUGAUACACAGAGCAAGGUCAUGGAAGAGAUCCUGUCCACAGUUAGUAUGUUGGCUCAAGAUCAGUACGGAAACUAUGUUAUUCAGCAUGUGCUGGAGCAUGGAAAGCCUGAUGAGCGUACGGUGAUAAUCAAGGAGCUAGCGGGGAAGAUUGUACAGAUGAGCCAGCAGAAGUUUGCGUCGAAUGUUGUUGAGAAGUGUUUGACUUUUGGAGGUCCAGAGGAAAGGGAGUUGCUCGUGAAUGAGAUGCUGGGAACUACUGAUGAAAACGAGCCUCUUCAGGCGAUGAUGAAGGAUCAGUUUGCAAACUAUGUAGUGCAGAAGGUUCUGGAGACGUGCGAUGACCAGCGUCGUGAGCUGAUUCUGACUCGUAUUAAAGUGCACCUUAACGCGUUGAAGAAGUACACUUACGGGAAGCAUAUUGUUGCUCGUGUUGAAAAACUUGUUGCUGCUGGAGAGAGGAGAAUGGGUUUGCAGUCGGUAAACCAGCCUCAGAUGGUGUAAGGGGAUGCUGCAAGUGUUGUACAGCUUAACUAGGGUGUACGGGGGUCUGUCGUUGCGUUUAGGUAAGAUCUAAAAACUGGAAAUAAGAGAGUGAGAGAGAGAAGAAAGAGAGAGAGCACUUGUUUUCUCUUUUGCAAAAAAAAAAAAUCUUUGUAAAAUCGUUGUAGUUUCUUACGGCUUUGGAUACAUAGAAGAACCAAGCAUCCCUCUUUAGGCUGAUGAGUGAAUGAGAGAAUGGUGUGAAUGAAGAUGGGGGUUUUGGUGAAAUGGUGUGUGGGCUUUAGGGUUUCCUUCACACACAAUUUGCCAAAAAAAAUGUGUAGAAGAGAGAGAAUGUUGAUGCUUUUUUUUAGGACAAUCAUCCCAAGUGUUAGAGAUAUUCUGCCCAUCUCAUGUAAUUUGUUUUCAUCACGACUCUUUUUUUUUUCUAUUUCGCAAGGCACUCUUUUUCGUUUUUUUAUGGAAUUUUGCAGUCUUGUUUGUUUUUUUUUUAUAUAUUUGGUUUGGUCCA